AUGAUUACACCAGCGCAAGUGGCAUUACUGUCGAUCCUACUUGUCACGUUUCUGUGGACCAAAUCUUCAGGUGUGUUUAUACCAAAUCUAACAGAUGGUUGCUAUAGAUGUCUGUGCUACAUUUCGACUCUCUGCGACGUAUCCAAUGAUUGUUCCGGAGGUUACUGCGGUCCAUUCAACAUUUCUAGAGUGUACUGGGUAGACGCUGGCAACAUCACCUUACCUGACGAUGAACCUGAGAGAAACAAUGCUUGGAAAGACUGUGCUCGGAAUUAUCAGUGUGCGAGAAGAAUUAUAGAGGGAUAUCUACAGAGGUUCGGAAAGGACUGCAACGAUGACGGCGUGACAGAUUGCUAUGACUACAUGAUGAUUAAUGGAAACGGAGGAUAUGGAUGUACUUCACCUCUCAAUAGAUCAGCGAAUGGAAGGAAAUGGCUCAGGAGAUACGAGGAAUGUCGCAGUUCACGUUUAGUAAAUUAA